AUGAAAAAUAUUUACAACAUAAAAAUUCAGGUCAGAGUAGCUUGUGACAGCUCAGGCGGCCCAUUUAGAUAUCUUUCUACUCCCAAAGAUCUUCAAGCAGUGGUCAUCAUUAACAAUCAACUUCCGGAUCUAAGAAACGUAAAUCUUACCUGGCAGGAAGUGCACCACAAAGAAUCAUGGAAACCAUUGCUGUAUAUCAUCAAAUGGGAGAACCCCACAGAUUCCGAAACAAUAACAACGGAGGCAGAAGCUAACUCAAUACCAGUUCAAGGUCUUGCCAAGGACAAAACAUACGUGUUCUAUGUCAAGGCAAAACAAGGUUGGUUGCUAAGUGAUUGGAGCAGAGCUCUUCACGUGACAACAUCCACGCCACCUGUCAUCGAAAAAAGAGAUACUGAUGACGAUGAUCCAAGCCAUCCAAAACCAAGAGGUCUAAAAGUAAAGUAUCUCUCACCAACAAGUUUUAAACUAAAAUGGCGGGAACCUAAAGACGCAUCAAAUGUCAAAGGUUAUCGUGUAACCUGGAAGCGAAAAAAAGGUCAAACGAAAAAAUCCGAACUUAUUACAAAACGUUCAUAUUCCAUUAAAGGACUAAGGGCGGGUUCUACGUAUUUACUUAAAGUACAGGCGGUGUACGAGGCCAAGGUUUCCAGGGCUUUAACACUGUUUUGUAAGACACAGAAAGACUUUGACGUCAGUCCUCCUACUAACGUGAAAGCCAAAGCUGUAGGGACCACGAAAAUAAGAGUGAGCUGGACACCUAAAAAGACGACAGACGGUAAGAUUGAAGGAUAUAAAAUCCAGUACAAGAGACGAGGGGUCAGGAGAGGUGACGUGUGUUCCGCCGUGGCCAGUUCCUGGAAAUCUCAAUACGUUAUAACUGAUUUGAUAAAAGGAGAAUCAUACAAGAUAAGAAUAGCAGCGAGAUCUAGAUAUACAACUGGAGCCUAUUCACCAUGGCGACUAGUGAAACUUCCUGGAGUGCGUAAUAAACCUAGUGACGAAUCCAUUACAAUUACAACUACUCCACCGCCAACACCGAGCCCGGGAGAGCUAUUCAAUCUCAAUGUUGUGCAGAUUUCUGGUGGAGUUAACAUUACGUGGAAUGACAUUUCUAGUGACGUUAUUACCUAUAGGGUGGAAAUCACUCAAGAAUCCCAAAAACUGUACAUUAAGGAGGUAUACAAGGAAAUUUACCGUGAUCCCUACGUCCUUGAGGUGUACAGCCUUGAUCCUGGUGGUGAGUUCAAUGUCACAGUACAAGGCGUCAGCUCUAGGGAGAGGACGAUUGGGAGGUCUUCUGCCUCCUUUUCCACACCUGUCCCCGUGUCAGUUACGACAGAAGGACCACGCAUUGCUGUGAUUGGUGGAAAUCUGACCUUGCGCUGUAUUGUACAGGGAACGCCCCCUCCUCAGUAUGAAUGGGUUAUAGGACAAGGGUUUGUAGGUGGUUAUGACGUCACAAAGUUUGAAAAGAUUACUUUAAACAAGUAUCUAUUGUUUCUUGAGCUUUACAAUAUUCCAGAGGACUUCCAAAGUCCCAUAUGUAAAGCACAGAAUAACCUUGAAUACAUCGUCCAAGAACACAACAUAACUGUUAUUGGCCCAAUUCCACCACCUGUUGCAAACGUAACAGCAGUUGCAUUAACUUCAAGAAAAAUUGAAGUGGAAUGGGAAAGUCUGAUCAAACACGAAUAUCUAAAUGCGACAUUUUUAGUAACAAUUAAAGACACUUCAGGAAAAUACCGGAGUGAGGAAGAGGCAUUGGAAAGACACGUUUUUAGAAAUCUAACAGAAAAUACAGAGUACGUCAUAUCCGUAAUGGCAGUAACACCCAGUGGAUUAACAUCAAGUGGAAAUGACGUCAUUUCCGUUAGGACAGAAAAAGCAUUGCCAAAACCAACACUUCAUAUCUUAUCAUGGAACGAUACGGCAAUCGUGUUAAACUGGGCAUCAAACAGCGACACUCCGCCAGACAUGGUAAAAAUAUUUUACAAGAGAGAGAAAGAUAAAAAUUACCGUGUACGCAAGACGUAUCCUCCAAUAUCUACAAUGGUUUUACAAGAUCUUCGGAAGAAUUCAACUUAUAAGAUAAAAGUUGUAGCAGAUUACGGAACUAACGAAGUGUCGUCCCAUGUUUUAUCAGUGGAUACAAAUACGGAAACCUUGCUGAAAGAGAACAGACGGCCCACUCCUCCUGCCGACGCCUUCCUGAUGGUCAAUAAAACAGCCAUGACAAUUCGAUGGCUCCCUCCUCACCCAGAGUACCGUACCUACAUCAGACAGUACAGGCUAGAUAUCUACCAGGGGGAUAUAUUGCAGCGACAUCUACUUGACAACAAUGGACGCAACUUUACCCUUACCCCAUUCGAUGACACAAAAGAAGUAACCGUUUACCUUACCGCUAUAAAUAAUGCAGGGGCGAGUGAUCCAAUUCUGAGAAUUUAUAAACCACUCACAGAUGAAGAGAGGCCUACAGGGGCGAUAAGCAAUUUACAGGGGGAGCCCUUAUCCUCCAGUUCUAUUCUUGUGCAAUGGGACCCUCCCACCAAUAACCGCCUAACCAGAUUCCUCCUUAGAUACCGACCACAAGAGUUUGACGAUUCAAACAUUGUCGACUUAUGGCUGGGACCGUCUUAUAACAAUUAUGUUCUUACUGGGCUUCGUGGCGCCGAAUCCUACUCUAUUUCCGUGAUUCCGUACUUCAAUGAGGAGGUUGGAAAUGAUUCGUCUAUUAUUGCCACGACGUAUACAGGGGUACCCUCCUCUCCCCCACAGAACCUCACCGUCACCAAAGUAAACUACACAGAAAUAUCUUUGAAAUGGAACCCGCCACCUGAAGAAGAGAGGAAUGGGGAGAUAACUCAGUAUAUCGUGGGAUUCCGAUCAAUUGAUAAAACCAGGGAUUCCAUUCAGUACAGCAACUCUACGGAGAUGGUCAUUAGAGAUUUAUUACCUGGUACAAGUUACUACAUACGAGUGGCUGCCGCAACAAGCAAUGGAACAGGGCCAUUUACAACAUGGUUGACACGAAAAACACUUGCACUCCCAGUAAUCAGAGAAGCUCCGAAGAGGCCUGAAAAUUUUACGACAAAGCAAGUGCCUUAUGGAAUCACGUUAGCUUGGAACAGACCGAGGAAUCCCGAUGUUCCCGUCAAUGGCUAUAUCAUAGGACAUGGAAGGUUCAUUCCCGAGGUUUAUCGGGAGAUCCUAGAAUCAAGCAAAACUCAGUAUACAAUUCAUAAACUCCGCCAAAAUCACGAUUAUAUAGUCAGUGUUCGGGCCUUUAAUAAUUUCGGAGAAAGUGACCCCGUCAUCGCUGUUGCAACGGCAGGUGACGGAAAGAUGACGAUCGUUUCCUCGGGAGACGUGGAAGAUGACGGAAACGAGAACACAUUUGAUGAUGCUCCACAGAAUGUCAGCCUGGAAUUGAAUCAUGGGGAAAUCCCAACGAUAAAUGUCAGAUGGUCUCCCCCACUGAAGACACAAGGACCAGCACUGGGAUAUAAUGUAUUUUAUAAGAAGAAAGAAGACAAGAGAUGGCGGAUGAAGUUUGUGGAUAGAGCUGCUUUUCUGAUUUUAAAGAAUCUCUCUUUCGACACGACGUAUUACGUAAAAGUUAAUGUCCGUUACGAGAAUGACAUCAGAGCUAAAUUAUCACACACAGUUGAGAUCAAAACAUUUUCUUUAGAAGACACGGUUCAUGCAUUACCUAUGCCUAGCAUCACAUCGGUAUUCUCUGGUAAGAACCACCUGGACGUGAACUGGAAACCACCCCUUAAAGACUACCUCCAUGUGAUUGUUGGAUUUAUCCUUGGGUUUGGAAUCAAAGAAUCAAACGAAAACCAAGAGUUUAUUCCUGCAAGUCAGAGGAGUUUUAGAAUAAAAAAUCUAGAACCAGGAACACGAUACAACAUCUCUCUUGCAAUGUUCAACGAACAUGGAAAAAGUGCCAAGUCCAUUGUUUAUGCUUCAACAUUAGAUUCUUAAAGGAAAGAGUCAUCAUGAUUUCAUUUGUUUCCCA